CCUUGGUUACCACCUAGUUCUCCCGACAUUAUUAUGGUGCUAUGUAUUUCCACUAUUCCUUCCACAAAAGAAAGAGAGAGAAAAACACGAAACCAAAAUAAAAUAUAACUAAAAGACGGAAAGCAAUAGAAAAGAAAGGGAAGGAAAAGGGGGAAAGGAAGAGAGAAAGAAAGACUUUGGAGCACCACCGCACCGAUGCCGAUGUGACAUGUUCUACAGUCCGAAUCUUCUCUCCUCCCUCACUCUAGCCUAAGUUAGAGAGUUCACCACUCUCACUCUCGCCAAAUGAAAUGACUCACUGAGUCACCUCGUCUCCCCCGUUCCUUCUUCUUCUUCUUCCAUUCGAUUCUCUUCCUUUUUGAACAAUAGAUAGGUAGAUAGAUAGAUGGGUUGCACGGCCUCCAAGCUCGACAACGAGGACACCGUCCGCCGCUGUAAGGAGCGCCGCCGUCUCAUGAAGGAAGCCGUCCACGCUCGCCACCACCUUGCCGCCGCCCACGCCGAUUACUGCCGCUCCCUCCGCCUCACCGGCUCUGCCCUCUGCUCCUUCGCCGCCGGCGAACCCCUCGCCGUCUCCGAACAAACCCCCGCCGUCUUCCUCCACCCUCCCCACUCCUCCACCAAUUCCAUCCCUCCACGUGUCCCCCCUUCUCCUUCUCCUUCGCCUUCCCUCCACCCUCCCCCGCCUCCCCCUCCCUUUUCCCCUUCCAUCGCCAGCUCCAAGCUCCCCCACAUCCUCUCCGCCUCCAGCCUCGACGCCUCUUCCAAUCGCCACCGCCGCAAGCAGCAGCCGCCGCCGCCGCCCAAACUCCCCCACAUCCUCUCCGAGUCCAGCCCUUGCUCUUCCCCUGCCCGCAGCGAGAAAUCCAAUUUCACCACCGCCUUCCCCACCGCCUACCAAGCCGAUUCCAACUACUCCCGCACCCCCUCCCAAGCCUCCUCUGUUUGGAACUGGGAGAAUUUCUACCCUCCGUCCCCUCCCGACUCCGAAUUCUUCAACCACAAAACUCCCCCGCCGCCGCCGCCGCGACACCAGAGUCACCACCUCGACGAGGCCGAUGACGAGAGGACAGAGGCUGAAACCGAACGGUCAGAGUACGAUUUCUUCCAGAAGCCGAGCUACCCGCAUCUGAUGGAAAACCCCACCGCCGCCCACAAGCAGUACAGUGCCGUCGACCCAGAGUUGGAGAGGGAAGAAGUUCAGUGUAGCGAGUGGGGAGAUCACGAUCGCUACAGCACAACGAGCUCCUCCGACGGCGGAGUAGAAGACGACGACGACGAAGCGGCCAGAUCCGGGAUCGGGACGAGGUCGAAUUUCGGGGGAUCGAUGCGGGCGGAGUCUGUAAAGCAUCAACCUCAGCAGAAUCAGAAGCAGCCGACGCCGCCGCCUUCAAUUUAUCGGAACGCGGAUGGAGCGGGCUCGUCGGCGAGUUUUAGGACCAGUGAGAUGUCGGAUAUGAAAAUGGUGGUGAGGCACAGGGAUCUGAAGGAGAUUGUGGAGGCUAUUAAGGAGAAUUUUGAGAAUGCUGCAGCCGCCGGCGACCAGGUGUCGGAGCUGCUCGAAAUCGGGAGAGCGCAGCUGGAUCGCAGUUUCAGUCAGCUGAAGAAGACCGUUUACCACUCUAGCAGUGUGUUGAGCAGCUUGAGCUCGAGCUGGACUUCGAAACCGCCAUUGGCGGUAAAGUACCAGCUGGACACUGCGGCGGCAGGGGCCACGAGAAGCCUCUGCUCCACAUUGGAGCGGCUUUUGGCCUGGGAGAAGAAACUCUACGAGGAAGUUAAGGCCAGAGAAGGUGUCAAGAUUGAGCAUGAAAAGAAGCUGUCGACCCUCCAGAGUCAGGAGUAUAAAGGGGGCGAUGUAACUAAGCUAGACAAGACUAAGACCUCAAUCAAGAAGCUGCAGUCUCUUAUUAUUGUGACCUCGCAGGCUGUUUCCACCACCUCAACUGCCAUUGUUGGUCUCAGAGACUCCGAUCUCGUUCCUCAGUUGGUCGACCUUUGCCAUGGAUUCAUGUACAUGUGGAGGUCGAUGCACCAGUACCACGAGGUCCAAACAAACAUCGUGCAGCAGGUGCGGGGCCUAGUGAACAGGUCGAUGAAUGGCCACUCGACCUCCGAACUCCAUAGGCAAGCCACACGCGACCUUGAGUCGGCUGUCUCGGCCUGGCAUUCCAGUUUCUGCCGCUCAAUAAAAUUCCAGCGCGACUUCCUUCGAUCGGUCCAAACAUGGUUCAAGCUGACCCUUGUCCCAGUGAGCAGCACAGACAACACCACAAAUGGUGCCGUACAACGGUCCGACGUGUACGCCUUCUGCGAUGAGUGGAAGCUGGCCCUGGAUCGUGUCCCCGACACGGUGGCUUCAGAAGCCAUAAAGAGCUUCAUCAAUGUGGUCCACGUGAUAUCGGUAAAACAAGCGGAGGAGCUGAAGAUCCACAAGAGAACCGAGAGUGCAUCGAAGGAGCUGGAGAAGAAGGCGUCCUCGCUGCGCAACAUAGAGAGGAAAUUCUACCAUUCGUAUUCGAUGGUAGGAGUGGGGCUCCCUGAUAACGGGGCGGAGAAUGGACCGGCGGGGCUGGAUGCUCGAGAUCCACUGUCGGAGAAGAAAUCGGAGCUUGCGGCGUGUCAGAGAAGGGUGGAGGAUGAGAUGGUGAAGCAUGCUAAAGCAGUGGAGGUUACUAGAGCGAUGACGUUGAACAAUUUACAGACAGGGUUGCCGGGGGUUUUCCAGGCGUUGACUAGCUUCUCUGCAUUGUUUACGGAGGCGCUUGGGACGGUAUGCACCCAUUCCUACGGUAUCAAGUAGUGGUGCAAUUUUUGUUUUACUUGGUUUGUUUAUGGGGUGGGGAAGUUUGUUUUGUAAGGGCCGGGGAAAAUUUUCCUUUCUAUUUUGGAUGGGGAAAGUAUCAUCAUUAUAUUUUUGACAUGUAAAUAUAUGGCUGUUUCGAUUUUGGCGAUAUAUGUCUUUUGUUGUUGUUGCUGCUACUCUUGAUUUGGUUGGAAAGGAGAGAAAUGGGGACUCUCUGUACAUGACAGGAUUGCUACUUUGCAUUUGUUGUACUAGAGGAGGUGGAAUAAAUUAUGCUGCCUGCCUGCCUAAUGUGCAUCUGUUUUCUUAAUGAAUGAAC